GAGGCGAAGUGUUUUCAAGAUUCUCCAAGAUUUGCCACUUCCGAGAAAUGCGAAGGGUUCAGUUGGAUUCACGUUCUAUUGGAGCAGUUUUGGCCAAGAUUACAAUAUGAGGUGAAUAGAUGGGGAAAGAACGAGAUAGAGCAGAAUAUCAGGAAAACCUUAGAACUUUAUUCCAGUCAGCUGAAUUCAUUCAGACUUGAGCGGAUAGAUUUAGGAGACAGUAUUCCAAGAAUAAUUAAUCUAAGAGUAUGUCCAAGUACCUGUACACAGGAGAUAGUUCUGGAUAUACAGUUCAAUUAUACAGGUGAUUUCUUCUUGGGGUUUAGACUAAUGAAGGUGUGGGGUGGGUUGGAUGAUCUGGAGGUUAAAGGAACUAUCAGGAUUCAUGUGUUCAUUAGUGGGAAGGGAGGAUUUUUUGACUACAUACAGUUCGGUUUCUUGGAAACCCCAGUCUUGAAGUUUGAUCUAGAGGGUGGAGCCAAUAUCUUGGAUUUCCCUCUACUCCGAACCCACAUAAGAGACGGUUUAGACGAUAUCCUGGAGACCAAUCUAGUUUCUCCAAACCUUCUCACCAUCAAUAUCCGGGACAGGACGGAUAAUUCUUUGUAUCCGAAUCCAAUACCUGCAGGUGUUGUAAGAGUUGAUCAAAUAAGAGGAUUAAAUCUGCCUUACAAAGAUCUUGGAUUUUUAGGUUCUAGAGUAGACCCGUACUGUACUGUAUCUAUUGGAUCUGACCUAAAAAAAACUAGAAUCCUCAAGGAUGAACCGAAUCCUAUCUGGUCGGAGACAUUUUGGUUUCCUCUCCGUAACCCUACAGGGUUAAAACUCAAAAUCCAGCUCAUUGAUUGGGAUCGAGGAAGCCAGGAUGACGAAAUCAAGGAUCUUGAAGUAGAUUUAUCUCCAAUAAUAAAAAGUCAGAGAACGUUUACGUUUCCUGUAAAUCAAGAAAAGAGAAAACGGUCCGAAAGAGGAGAAUUGUUAAUCAGGGCUUCGUGGUUUUCUCUCUUGCCUCUAGAGCAGUAUAUUUCUUCAAAAUCAGGUCCAACUGUGAUCUCUCUCUCUGUUGGUAACUUAUCUCUUCAAUAUCCUUCAGCUCAGGAAUGGGUUAAGCUAUAUAUAGAGACAAGGUUGGGACGAAUCAGCUCCGGGUGGUUUCUCAUCCCAGACCAAGAGAAGAUGGUUGCAAAGAGUUGUCUCCUAGCUCUAGAUAGAGGGUUUCAAGAUGAUGAUAUAACCCUGAGUAUAAGAACUUGGAGUAAUGAAGUUCUCCUGGAGCAUGUUCUGAGUCCCAACCUACUGGAUAAUUCGAGGAGAACAAUAAUUGCAGGAGGAGCCAGGAAAAGAUUGUGCCUGGAAUAUCAGGGUAUCCUGUUCCUGGCUAGACACGGAGAAAGACAAGGGUUUAAUCUCCUGGAAGACUCAGAAUCUGAGCCUCCUGAGUUUGGAACACACAAUUCAAGAAACAAAAUUAGAUGCCAGGAGCAGAUUUAUUUGGAUGAGACCUUAAACCCGGAGAAGUUAAACCUUGGUUGUCAAGAUCUAGGAUCAGAAACCUGGAGACAUAUUGAUUCCGGAGAACCUUCCUUGGAACCUUGUCAUUUAUGAAUAUAUAAAAAUAAAUAUAUAAACAUAAACAUACUCAUCUUAUACUUGAUCACAAAG